AAUAAUAACAAUAGCAGCAACAACAACAAUAGCAGUAGUAACCACAACAACAGCAACAUUUAUUGUAGCAGCAAAAGUCGUAAAUAUCAUUUUAAUUGCAACAACAGCAGUAAUAAGAACAAUACCAACAACAACAACAACUACAAUAACAACCAAAAUAAUCACCAUCACAACACUACAUACAACAAUAGCAAUUGCAAUCAAAGUAAUAAUAGCAUUAAAAUGUUAACGUCUGGCGAGCCGAUCGCGUCCAUGGAGCCAACAGUCUUGGAGAAUACGCAAAUUUGCGUCUACACGCAUAGAAAAAACGCAGUAAAUAACACAUCAGCAACAAUUGGUCCAGAGCAUUAUAACAAUAGCAUCACCACCACCAACAACAUCGCCACACAGCCGCAGCGUCAUAUCAAGCGACGACGACAAUGUGUCGCAGCUGGCAGAGAACGAACUAUGGCACAGCAUAGCAGCGGUCGCUGUAACAGCAGCAUUAGCGCAAUUAAUCGUCAACUGAAAGCAACAACGUCGCCCAACAGACAUCAUCAUCAGCAUCAACACUGCCGCAAACAAGACUUGUAAAAAACAACAAGCAAACAAUAAAAACCAAGAAAAAAUCAUGAUGCUCGAUGGCGGCAAGAGUUGUGCGCGAUAAGUGUUGCUGGCUGUAAGUGAUUAUUAGUAAAUACAUAUAUAUUCAAAUGCUUGACUCGGUGACUUUCGUAAAAGCAUAAGUAUCAAAAUUAUUAUAAAAAAAAAAAACCAAGAAAAUGUGAUAAUAUACUUGAAUUUUGUCAAAUGCAAAUGAUAGUGCAGCAAAUGUUAGAUCAGCAGUGCGGCACGCUUGACAUACGCUUGUGUUUGCGACGCUAAAAACGGUAAAUGGAUAGUUGAGAGUCUCAAAUUGCUGAAUGCAUGAACAUUUUUAAUACAUAUAUAAUUUUUUCACUUCAAACUGUGCGCUUACUGCAUUUAGCGUUGCUAAAUUUGUUUAUUGUGUAAGAAAAUUUCAAAAAAUAUGCACGUUUGCAGCAGUCGGCGUAUGAAAAAUAUAUGUGACGUUGGCUUCAAGAUGGUUAGAGUAAAAAAAAACACGAUCGAUAAAAAGUUUUUACUAAAAACAUUCGUCAAAUAGUCGUUUGAAUGCUAUCGGGAAAAAUGCAUGUUUACUUGCGUUAAAUUUUCAUUUUGUUGUGCUAUUUUAUAUAUAGAAAUCGUUAUAUAAAAGCCUUGAAAUGCCUUUGAAAUGCCAAACGGUUUGCAUUUUUGUUUUAAAAUAGCUUAUUAAGUUUCCUUUUUUUCUUACAAAUAAGUUGCAAAACAUUGUACAGUAAUAUUAACUAAAUGAUUAAACAGUUGAGCUUUCGCGCGGUGUUGCGGUGGUGUGUUGUACACGCGAAUCGGUAUUAAUUUGUAUGUAACAAUAGGCGUUGGUUUUUUCCACGAAUUUCAUUAUUUCAUUACAAAUUUUGACAAUUUUCGAAUAUCGAAAAGUUAGAAAAUGAUUUCAUUUUGUUCUUAGUUAUGUUACAUAAACGCGAUUACGACACACUACGUCGCUGUGAGCACGCAAUAGAUGCCACACUAAAUAAUGUGCACUAAAAUUCGAUAAUAAAUUUAAAAAAAGUGCACGAAGCAAGCGAAGCGUUGGAAUCAAAUCAUAGAAAUUCAAGUAUAACAAACGUAUAGCAGAAGAUAUCAGUAGCAUUUGCGGUAAUGCCUAGGUUAAGCUAUGGAAUGCAUGAGUUCCAAAAAAAAAAAAUUGUAUAUUGUUGAGAAACGGUGCGAAUACGUUCAGAGAGAAAUGAUGAAGAAAACAGAAUUCAAAAUUAAAAUAGACACAAAAACAAAAACAUAAGCAUAAAAUACAAAAACAAUAAAACGCGUCAGCAGCAGCAAGAAAAUAAUAUUAACAACAAGAACAUUUAGGAAAACCAACACGUAAUCGCGCACGCAAACUUAGGAUUAUUUCUAAUUAGCAUUAACUCACACAUACUACAUUAUACAUAUAUAUAUAUAUAUAUAUAAAUAUGAAUAUAAAUAUAUAGAAAUCUACAUAAGCAUAAGAUGAUUGUAAUGAUAUAUAUAUAUAUAUAUAUAUAGACAUAUAGGAAAGAAAGUGAGAAAGCGGCGAAAAAAAAACAAAAAGAAAAAAACAUAAAAGUAUAAAGCGAUAACUGCAAAUAUCGCAUAAGUGAGAACAGAAAUGCAACUAAUUAUAAGUUAAAAUGUAGAAUUUGUGAAAGCGUUGCGAAGCGCAAGAAAAACGAAUGCUCUAGAUAUGAUAAAUAUGAUGGCUAAUAUAGCCAGUGCGGGGGUGUGGUUGGGUAUGCGCGGUGCUCAGCGGGUGAGCUGAGCCAGCCGCAAGCCACAUUUUAUUAUUAUUAUUAUUAUAUUAUAUUAUUAUUAUUAUUAAUUAAUUAUUAACAAUUAACUAUUGAUGAAUAGAGAACAGCAUAAAAUACACAAAAAUAAUAAAAAUGUUUAUGCUAUGGAAGAAACACAUAAUUAAUGAAAGGAAUGCGUAAGUGAAAAAAUGAAAAAUACAUCUAUAAUAAUAAAGCAAAAUAUUGAUAAAAACGAUGCAAAUUUUGAAAACAAAAAUCAAAAACAAAACCUAAACCUAAACUAUUAUUUAAAGUAAAACAAACAACAAGAAUAUUUAUAGUUUUAGUUAUUAUUAUUAAUAUUAUUACCACUAAAAAUAGUUUAUUACAAUAAACAAGUGAAUAAAACAAUGCAAAACAACCACAAAACAAACAGGACGUUAAAAAAUAUAUAAGUAUGCAAGUAUGUAUGUAAUAAAGAAGCGUAUAGCAGAAGAAACAAAAAACAAAAAUAAAAAUAAAAUCUGUAAUAACAUAAAAUUA